UAUGAGUUCCGCUCCUGCUUUCAUUCGCGAGAGAGCAUUGUGCAGAUAUGUUUCGAAACGGAAUGAAGGGCCAUCCAGCUCUCUUGUGUACGGGCUUCAUCGUGUUUAUUUUCACUACAUUCACGGUUUAUUUAGCACGCAGAGAAAUUUCUCAGCUCAGUCAUAAAGUGGCCUAUCUAAAUUAUUCAAUCACUCAUUUUGACGGGCUGAUGAAAUGGAAAAAUCACAUCAAUCGCGAGUAUGUGUCAAGCUUCUUCAAUGCAAAGGUCCCAAACGAGGUGCGGCAGUGGUACGCUUAUGCAAAAUCAGAAGUUGAAAUGCUAAACAAACUGCCUCAGGACAGUCCUGAGUUGAUCGAGCAUAUAAGGCGCAACCUUUUAGUAGCCCCGCGACCCGGAAAAAUAGAACACGUGCCGAAGGACACCUCGGAGGGCCAGGCUAGUAAAAUACUCCGCCACUUUGGAAAGAAAAGCCACGGAGUGUUUAUCGAGUGCGGAGCAAGCGACGGGCUAUUUUUGUCCAACACUUUCUGGCUGGAGAGCGCGUUCAACUGGACUGGACUUCUCAUCGAGCCCGAACCGAGCAGUUUCAAAAAAUUACUUGGAGCUGGACGGAACGCGUGGCUUAUGCCGACAUGUCUCAGCCUGAGUAAACACCCGUCUUUGAAAAGAGUGCGUUUAGAAGAGGAGGAAUUGGCAUCAAACACCAGCGCCGUGCAUUGCAUGCCAUUGUUUUCUAUCCUGCUCGCCGUCAACCAAACGAUCGACUAUUUUAGUCUCGACACUGGAGGCAACGAGCUAGAUAUUUUGAAAACGGUCCCGUUUCACCACAUCGACGUGAAAGUUUGGUCAAUCAACAUAUCAAAAAAUCGGAAAGACAGAGCUGACCUAAUUAACUUGAUGGACAUCAAUGGUUACGGUCUACUCAAGUUUUCGACUGAUGAUGGGGAUUGGGUUAAGAGUGACUUAAUUUUUUCUAAGGACGCCGGAAAAUAAAAUAAUCAUGCUAUCAUGCAAAAUA